CAUGAAAUUUGCAUUGGAUUCUGUGGAAGCAAAAACCAAAAUGAUAGUGCAUAUGUGUGGUGCUCAAUUCUUCUUCUGCUGAGAUCCUGUGUAAGGGAAACAGGAUAACACAAAGUGAACAAGAUUAUAUAUGUGAAGUGUAGAUUUUACUGCGUACUACUAGUGACUGUAUAUUGUAUGGAAGAGGAACGAAAACAAAAAAAGGGAACUGGCACUUCGGUUUCAAAGACCAGAGCUGUUCAAGAACAAAAGCGUAAACAACAGAAAGAGCUGGAAGUUACACAAGAAAGUGUAAACAAAGAGAAGAAAACAGAAGGUCAACGAAAUUGUGAGCACAACGACUUGGAGGACCACUUGUUGGAUGAAGAAAGCAACCUGAUUCCAGGACGAAGGAAAGACGGCCAAGUUGAAAACAAACAACAGAAACCAGCGAGAGUGGAAGAGACAGCGGAAGAAGAAGAUAGAAACUUGAAGCACCAGACACAACCAACGAGUAGCGAAGAAGAAAAGAGAAAAGAUUUGGUUUCUGAAAAUGGACAGUUGAAAGCGGAACUGCAGAACGUUCGAAGGGAAUAUAGGGAAGUACGGCAACGCUAUGACAAACUGAAACAACGUUUAAGAAAUGAGCGUAAAGUUUUGAGAAAAUAUAGGCGUUUGUUGAUUGGCGCUUUUGAAACGGAGAAUUUAGCAGUGUUUCGAGAGGAGAGUUCUGGAGACCCACAGAGUCUUUCUGCUCCCUCAGAGUCACCUCUUGAAGAAGCCAACAGUGAGAAGCGACGAUAUGACUUGGAUGACUUUGCCACGGUUGACCCUCUGAGAACAGAUGUAGAAUUGGAGAGAGAAAAAGAACUUGAUCCUUUUGAAGAUAAUAUGGACCACCAACAGUCCCCAGAUGACUCGUUAAACUAUGAAUCAGAGAAACAAUAUAGGGAGAUUGACAAGGGUGUAGAUUUGGGUCCAGCAAGUGCUUCUGCAGCAGCAGCAGCAGCAGCAACAACAACAACAACAGCUGGUCAUGGUCAAGGAACUGCAGCAGCAGCGUCUGCAGCAGCUGUAGCGUCUUGUUCAGUUGAACAAUCUGCGGAUAACAUUAAAAAUAAGAGGAAGAGAGACUUUGUAUCCUCGAAAGAUUCUAGUUGGUCAUCGGAAUCUCAGUCUUCAUCUUCCACUACAUCCAAAGUUGGGUUAGAGACUUAUCAGCCAGAAGAAGAAAAUGACAAGGAAGAAGAAGAAACUCCAAGUGUGAAUUGGGAAGGUGACCCUUCCCGUUCCUCUUAUGCUGGAAAUGAAGGAGUUGAAUCUAAGCGCGGCAGACACUCUAUAUGGAAACCCGAAGAAGAACGCCUUUUUGACGAAGGCUUUCAUCGCUAUGGCUGUCGUUGGAAGCUGAUUCAGGAAAAUCUUCUUCCAAAUAAAUCUAGACAGCAGAUACAAAGUCACGGUACAUAUCUUUUACGUCAAGGAAGGCUAAGAAAGCAUCAGGGUGGAAGACACAAGAAAACUAGUCGAGACGAAACUAAAAAAGAUGACAAAAAAUACUCUAGAAACGAAAAAACUAUGGCAAAGAGCGCAGAUGACGAAAGCUCUAGGCCUGUUCGACAAUAUGACGUGGAGAAUGUUGCUUAGAAAUCUGUGUUCGCUGUAUGAACUUGUUC